UGAUCCAAGCAGCAACAGCCAAUCUUCGAAAGAUGAAAUUCCUUAUCCUCGCCGUCGCCUUCUUGGCCUGCGCCUACGCCGAUGUCUCUGAACUGGCCGCCAGUGGCUACGACUAUCCCCAGCCUGCCCCACCGGCGCCCGUGAAGAGCUACAUUCCCCCACCGCCACCACCACCACCACCGGCACCCAAGAACACCUACAUCCCUCCCCCGGCGGCUCCUGCCAAGGCCUACAUCCCUCCCCCACCACCACCACCACCACCGGCGCCCAAGAACACCUACAUCCCGCCUGCACCACCAGCUCCUGCGCCCGCUCCCGUUGAGACCUACAUUCCCCCCGCAGCCCCCGCCCCCGCCUACAUCCCCCCCGCCCCCGUCCAGGCGGAGGAGCCCAUCAUCGAGGAGAUCGAGCAGCCCGCCCAGGACGGAUACCGCUACAAGACCGUCCGCCGUCGCGUCUUCCGCCACCGCAACUAGAAAUCGGAAACGCAUUUGUUGACUAAUGUGAUAAUGUUAUCUGGAAUCUGUUAAUGCUUUGUUACAAGAUCGA